AUGUCCAAUUCACCAAAAAAAAGAAAAGCCGAUGAAUCUUUAGAAUUAGAUUUAGAGGACGACGAUUAUGUACCGUAUGUUCCUAUUAAGCAAAGACGUGAAGCAAAGCUUCAAAAACUUGCUAGCCAAAGACGCAUUCCAGAGCCACAAAAGGAUAAAGAGGUUGAAGAGGAAGAGGAAGAUUCACAUAAAGCUGGUCCCAAAGCUAAUAUCAGUCUUAUAGAUCAAGCAGUUGAAGUUAAAAAACAAAAACGAAUAGAAGAUGCUUUCAAAGCUGAUGAGGAAGAGAAAUUAGAAGAUGAAAGAUUAUUACGAACAUUUUCCCUACCAAUUAAACAUUUAAGAUUUGUGACUUUAAAAGGUAUUAACAGACCAACACCAAUUCAGGUUCAAGGCCUUCCAGUUGU